AUGGGACAAGAGGAGUCUGAAGAUAUAUACUAUCCACAUAAGAUCGUUAAAUUGGUUGAGGAAAAGAUGAAGUUAAUUGAUGUCUUACCAUGCAAGAAACCAGUUGAAGAAAGAAAAAGGUUCAAAUGUACUCCAAGAGUAGAGAAGAACAAGAAGGUGGAGAUUGUGAAGAACCAUAUAACCCAGGAGUUGGAAAAGUUCAUUACGAAUAAGCUGAAGGGGACAGAAGUGAAGGUGGUGAUCCAGAAAACGUUGUACAAAAGUGAUCUGGAGGAAAACCAGAACAGGUUGAGUAUGCCGACGAAACAAGUGAUCAAACCGGAUGAGUUCUUGAGGAAAAAUGAGAAAGAAGAUUUGGAGAAUGGAAAGGAGUUUGAGGGGAAAUUGUGGGGGCCAAGAUUAGAGAUGCAUAAGAAGCCGAUGAUGUUGAAGAUGUGGCAUAUGAACAGCACCAGCAACUACGUCCUUAAAACCGAGUGGAACCGCUUUGUGAAGGCGAAUGAAAAGGAUUUGGAGAUAAACAAAAAGAUUCAGGUUUGGUCGUUUCGCAGAGAAGAGAAGCUGUGCUUUGCAAUUGCAUGUUUGGACAGAGAUGUUGACGGACAAAACGACGCCGCUGCAGCACCCAUCAUUUAG